CAUCAACUUCAGCAGCAGCAAGCUCAACAGCGACAACAGCAGGCCAUUCAGCAAGCUCAGCAUCAACAGCAAUUGCAUCCACACCAAGUGCAACAACAUCAACUAAUGCACCAGCAGCAAGCAACUCUCUACAGCCACAACAACCAGCAACAGCAGCAACAAUAUGUGUUACAACACCAAGCUACUCCUGUGGUUGUGCAGCAGCAGGUCUCACAGCAAAUGUUGAAAGGUGGCAUAAUGCAGCAGAACCACCAAGGGCAACAGAUGGUGGUUCACCAACAGCAGCAACAUAUCAUCAUGCAGCCACACAUACCUCAGCACCAGCAGCUCAUUGUUCAACAGCCUUCACAACAGCAAAUUAUUGCCUCUAACUUCAUUCUGACUUCAAAUCAGCAAAUAAAAGGUCACCCUCCAGUUAUCCAGUACUUGCCUCCACCUCAGUCCCAACAGCAAAGCCAGCAGCAGCUUAUGCAACAAACCAGCUCAGCACAGCGCCUUCAACAGGAGGGAGCAACACCUGACAACAUGCGCAAGCAGAUCCAGGUGCAGGCGCAGUUUCGUCAGCAGCAGAUGCGACAAGUUCAGCUGUCUGGACAUGGACAGCCACAACCACAGAUCGUUCAUUUAAAUUUAUCUCAGCAGCAUUUCCAGCAGCAAGGUGCUCAGCAGCAGCUCAUUCCUGCACAGCUCAUGCAGCAGCAAGAUGGACAGCAGCCUCAACAAAUUGCUCUUAUUCAAUCGUCAGUGAAAGGGACAGAAGGCUUGCAGUACCAAAUGAGGCUGACCCCUCAGACUGCCGCGUCAGGACCUGGCCUGAUGACGUCAGGCGGCGUGGUGAGGCCUCACCUGCGUCAGGUGCACACCAUGGCCGUGUCGCCUGUGUCGUCGUGUCACCAGCCCACCCCGCAUAUGCAGACCAUGGUCGGCCUCAGUGUCCAGCAACAGAUGCAAACGCAAGCCCCUCUGACGCCAGCUCAGAAGCGCCAACAAGGUCGUCAGCAGCAGCAGAUAACUUUGUUGUCCACGAACAUUGCUGGGUCAGGGGCUGAGGGCACAAUGAUUACUCGUCCUCAGUCUCUGGUUGAGCGUCCUCAGCAGCCCGCGCCCCACAAUCUUCGUGGCAUGAACCCUUCUGAAGGCCCGCGUCCCGUGGGGCUCCCGAGGGUGCGGCAUCCAGCGCCUGGGCAGGGGAUGAGAAAUCCUGCUAUGCUCAACAGAAUGCCUCGUUAUGCGCAGCCCGGAAUUCAGAUGCAGCCUGGAGUUCAGUCUGUUGCCAGCUCCCAAGGCUCAGGCGUCGGGGUGGUGACGUCCCAGGCCCCGCUCCAGCAACCCACUAGCAACAAUAUUGCCCUGCUUGUCUCCCCUGCUGAUGUUGAUGCUGUUACCUCGUCCGUCGAUCAGCAAAUCAACGCUCCUGGCACAGCCGUCACAUCGUCGCCGCCAGCCACCGUCGCAAUGAGCAGCAACGGUGUGCCCGCUAGCACGUCCCUAGUCAUGUCUCAGCAACAAACAUCGCAGCAGCAGGCAGCUCAACAGCAUUUAACACAACAGCAGGCAUCACUGCAGCAGCCGGCACAGCAGCAGGGUAUCAAGAAGCUCUCACUGGAGCAGUAUCGCAGCAAGCAACUCAUUCGUCAACCUGCACCUCAAGGCCAACCUACCCGCUUCCUCCCUCAGCAUCCAACGCAGAAUGUCGCUCGCGAGGUUAUUUUGAAUAUAAAGAACUCUAAAGGGUUGCUGGGAAUGAACAACCGAAACUUAAACUUAGGCCACACGGUAGCUGCCCAACAUCAAGCCAUUACAGCGCAGCACGAACACAUCAUGUCUUCCCCUGACUCAACCAGCGCUGCACCUGAUCACGAGGAACAGGAUAAAGGUGCUCGUUAUCUGCCUGGUCACCAAGCUAAAUGUGACAACUGCGGGAUCCUGAGUGACGACUUCAAUACUUGCCAGCGUUGCCGGAAACCUAUCUCCAAAACUGCCAAAAUUUUUCCAGCUACGAGCAAUGCUAACCUGGUAACUUCUUCCGCGUCUCAGCAACAGCCGGUCUAUCUGACGGGCUCACAGAUCAUUAAACAAGACUUUUACGGGAAAUCUGGAGGAGGAAGACGUCACGAUAAAGCCAUCAACAGCAGCUAUUCUCCGCGCAACAGUAACCACAAGCCCUCACACCGCGGCCGAGGACGAGGCAGAACUAGAGCCUACGAUGAACCUGAGAUUCUAACACUAUCGUCUGAUGAUGAUGACGGCAAUGCUAGCAGCGAUGGGAGCGCCUCAAAGCCCGGCAAGCCCAGCCACAAUAUCCAGCAUGGGGUCAAUCCAUAUAGAUUAGACAAUUUUAACAAGAAACUGGACUUCAUUAUCAACAAUAAGGAGCCUAAGAUACCACCACAAAACCCAGCAGAUGAGCAGCCUGCAGAAGAACAGCCCUCAUCCGAGAUGGAAGAUCUCAAGCCUGAGCCAAUUUCUUCCAACUACUGCCAAGUUGUGUGCCGAACUGUGAGAAUUGGAUCUUACCGAACUACUCCUCUGUGCGGUGUUAUCUUCAACACCAGAGCAAUCAGAAUCAGUGUCAAACCUCUUGUUCCCGGAUCACUACAAGUCGUGGAUAUCAUCAUUGGACUUUCUGAUAUUGUGCAAGUGAAUUAUCAUUUCGGCAAGAGUAUGCCAGUGCUUUUCCUCUUCCUAAGGGCUCAUGCUGCCUCCAGAAUUCGAUGCCUAUUGGGAAUGAAUGAUCCUAAAGGGUUCUAUUAUGACCCAUGCAGUACAGAUGAUACGUUGAAGCGUGUGGUGCUCAUGCCCGAAAAGUUUGUUGAAGAAAGUAAGAGUGCCAUCAAGAAUAUUUUCAAGAGUUACAUUGCUGAGGACGGGAAAAUUAUACAAAUGGAGGAACUAAACCAUGAGGAGGCCAACACGGUGUUGAUGGCUGCCAGUGGACCAGAAGUGCAUACUACUUUGCGUCAAACCUCCAAGAACAUCAACCAAUUCCCGCAACCUUCAAAAACGCUCCUGAUUUAUCCACCACCACCUCAGAAGGGUGGCAUUUCCAUCACCGUGGAUGACUACCAAGUGCUGGAAGAAGAGAGCUUCCUCAAUGAUGUUAUUUUGGACUUUUACCUCAAGUGGUUGCUGCAUAAGUUGCCAGAGGAGCAGCGCAACAAAGUUCACCUCUUUUCGACAUUUUUCUACAAACGUCUUACUUGUAAACCAAAGAAAAUGAGGCGUCAUCAUCCUGUAGAAGAUGAUCCACGACUUUCAGCUGCGGAGAAACGACAUGCCAGAGUCAAGUCCUGGACUAAAUGUGUAGAUAUUUUUGACAAAGACUUCAUCAUCAUUCCAAUCAAUGAACAUGCACAUUGGUUCCUGGCCAUCAUUUGCUUCCCUGGAUUGCGCGCUCCUGUCCAUUUUGAGACUGGAGAGCCCAUAGCUCCUGAGGCCCUGGCUGCGGAGGAGGCAGCAUGCAGCAAAAAGGGCGCUGGCAGGCAUAAAGUACGGCACGAGCAAAUUCCUAUCAUUGAUGAUGGGGAGUGGAGUGACCGUGACGAAGCUGAAGGGGACGAAGAUGAGCUUGAAGAAGACGAGGAUGAGGACGAUGACGCCAAUAGUCUGCAACCCUCGAGGAAGAAGAGCAAAACUACAGAGCAGCAGAUCCCUGGGCUAGGAGGUGACGAGGAGCAGCAGCAGACGCCACCUGCCAAGACCAAGUCUGCCUGCACAUUGCCGCCCAUUAAACAACCUUGCAUUCUGAUUUUUGACUCGCUGUCUGGCGGUCAUCGUGCUCGCAUCGUUGCCACGCUGAGGGAUUACCUCACAGUGGAGCAUCUCCACAAACGCAAAGAGGCUCGCGCCUUCACACGCGAGACAAUGAAGGGCGCUGUGCCACGCGUGCCGCAACAGACCAAUUACACCGACUGCGGCCUCUACACUCUUCAGUUCACCGAGAGCUUCUUUGAUCUACCUCUGAAGGACUACCGGUUUCCCAUGCGUUCAAUCGUCAACUGGUUCGACGAAGCCCUCGUAGCUGGCAAGAGGGAAUUCAUUGCGCUGCUCAUCAAGAGACUGAUGGAUGAAUACAACCCUAACCAUAACAUAGUGCUUCCAGAAAUAAGCUUCAGUACGCCCGAAGAACGGGAGAAAGGCGGUCGUGCUUCCUGCCAAGCCGAGGAGCGUGAGCGUCAGCAUAAACUGGCCCAAGAGAAAAAUAAGGAGAAGAUUGCGAAUAUUAAAUCUGACAACAAAACGCCUGUGACUGAAAAUAUUCCUUUGCUAGGCGAUGAUGGAGCCUGCAAACAACCACCAGAAGAAACUGGUGCUGCUAUGGAGAAUAAUAGAGCCAACGAAGCUUCUGCAAAAAAUUCUAAUGUAGAUAAAUCUAAAGAUUCAGAAAAUAAAUCAUCCGAGGCUCCAAAAGAUGUACCAAAUCCUUGCGAUGGAGAAAGCGGCUCGAAGAAAAAUCAGUCUACACUCUCAAAAGUUCGCUCUGAGGGUAAAAUUGCCGCUUUACCAUCCAAGGACCCUGUUAAGUCAGCUACAGCAAUCAUAAAAAACAAAAAAUUGGUUUUAGGCGUCAUCCCUUCAGUGACGCCUUUUGGCAGCCCGCAGGCAGAAAAAUCAAGUGUUACGGGAACAACUAGUUCUAAAGGACCAGCCAUUGUGUCAUAUAAACCUCUUCCGGCAAGCUUGGCCUCCAUCCGAGACACAUAUACUUUCGACGAUGCCAAGGACGACGAAGAAGAAAGCAAUAAUAAUGAAAGCAUUAAUCUCUUGAAGGAACGUGCUGUUGUGGCUGUUACACGCACGUCAGCUUUGACUACUGGAGGCACGGUAGCUACUGUGCAAAUGAGCUCAAGCAUGGAGAGAAGCACAGCCGCUACACUUGCACGCCUCAAUAGCAGAGUAGCCUCUGCAAACCUCUCAAUGAAUGGCCUGAUGACUGAUCACGCCAACAGUUCAUCCGAACAAUCAUCGGGUGCCAUCCUUGCCCCGCCUCAGGAGGACGUUGCUCACCUCAACAAGUAUCCUAUACUUGCAUCGAGCCUCGGUAAUGGUCGUCGAGUAUCCGAAACAAAGAACUUGGUGAGCAUUGCAAAGGACGAAAACGGUGUGUCUUCUACGGAUUCAACCAAGGAAGCUGUUACUAACUCCACACAUGUGAAAGAUAGGCGUGAAAAGUCUAGUAUUGUUAAGGAACCCAUUGCUGUGAAUAAUGGGCAUUUGAAUAAGAUUCUUGUUGGGGAAAUAUCUGGCAAAAAAGCAGUGUAUUCAGAAGACGGUACCGAAGUUUUGAUGUACCUGACUCCUGAAGAAGGCGGGUGCUCGCCAGCUGAUCGAGAGGACAACGAUUCUCCAGAUAUGUAUGGCGAUGCGGAUUUAGCACCUGCUGAACGACUCUCUGACGAGGACGAGGGUGUGUUCGGCCGUCCGCUGAAAGGCAGUGAAGGCUCAAUGGACUCCAAUAGCACGAUUUCAGUGGGCACAGAGGAACAGACCGUUCCUCCUUCGACACAUACGAGCAGAAACUCACUAUCCAGUACUGACAGUUCGACCGCCGAUUGUGCUACUACCAACGACCGUAACAGUCCUUCGUCCCGGCCUUCCGAACGAGUUACUUCUUUCGGUCGUUCGAUAAAUACACCCAAACGUUUCAGAGAUCUUGCUGACCCUGAAGAAACAAAGAAAAAGAAGACCAAAGCUCAAAAUUCAGGACAUCGGUAGCAGUUAGCACCCCUAGGCAAUUAUUUAUAUAAUUCUACAAAUACUUUUGUUGACGGUCUUUCGUCUUCAUCCUGUUCUUCAGAUAUCGGUGUAGGGUCUCAUUUUGUGUCAAAUGUGUUGUCUUCCAAUUUGAUGAUGCGCACCAGUUCUUGCAAGUUAGUAACGUGUUCCAGUGACGCAAUGAACUCUGCUAACAUUUCAACACUUGCUUCAAAAUCGUUGUCGGAUUCACUUGGACCAAACUCUGUAAAAUUCUCUCACGUGGAGGUUGAACUCGCUUCUAUUAACAAGUCUGAUACAGCUGGAAGUCCGGUGUCGACGGAU